AUGCCUUCCGCAACUACACAUGCAGAAUUCGGCCCUCACACAACGGCUUUAACCGUUGCCGCAGCAUUCCCUUCCGCCAUCGCAGGAAAAACCAUCCUCAUCACCGGCGUCAACCUCAAGGGCCUCGGCUACGCCACCGCCCAAGCCUUCGCCUCGCAAAACGCCGCUCUCAUCAUUAUCGCCGGCCGCACCCCCGCCAAGCUCCAGGAAUGCGCCGAUGCCCUGGCGAAGCAGUACCCCAACACCAAGACACGCCUUCUCGAGCUGGAUCUAGGCACGCAGAAAAGUGUUAGGGAGGCUGCUACGAGGGUCAACUCUUGGGAUGACGUUCCGACCAUUGACAUUGUUGUGAACAAUGCGGGCAUUAUGAAUGUGCCUACACGCCAGCUCAACGAGGAUGGCAUAGAGCGCCACUUCGCUACGAACCAUAUUGGUCACUUUCUCCUUACGAGCUUGAUCAUGCCUAAAAUCAUUGCGGCCGCUCAAAAGCCAGGUGCCAUAAAGGGGGCUACUCGAGUCGUCAACGUCUCCUCCACUGGUGCAAACUAUAGCCCCAUACGCUGGAGUGAUAUCAACUGGGAGAAACCCACUGGCACAUUGCCUUUAACCGAGCAGCCCAACUACCCCGGCCUUUAUCAACUCGCCAAGUUAGAUGAAGAGGCCGUCAAGGCUGAGAGUUACAUCCACCAGGGCGCCUAUGGACAGUCCAAGACGGCCAAUUCCCUGUUUAGCUUGGGCCUCAACGAGCGUCUCUACGAAAAGUACGGGAUCCUGAGCUUCGCUGUACACCCAGGCGUAAUCAUCACCGAACUCAGCCGGGAAGUGCCCCGCGAGGAGGUCGAAGCCAGAAUCGAAAUGCUCAAGAGCAGGGGUUUUGUUUUCAAGGAGCUGAGCGCUGGAGCCAGCACGUCUCUGGUAGCGGCUAUGGGUCCGGAGGUGAAGGGCGAGGAUGGAGAGUGGGACGGUAGAGGCGUGUACUUGAGUGAUUGUCAGAUUCUUGACAACACUAAGAUGUGGUACACGAGUUGGAGUGAGGCAGAGAAGCUGUGGGCAAAGAGUGAGGAGCUUGUGGGCGAGAAAUUUGCGUUUUGA